AUGGCUGGGAACUCUUGUACAGAAAAGGGGUCACCCCCUGAGAAGAAAUUGAAAGUCGAGGACAAAGACAAUUUGACUGAGGAAAAAGGGAAGGAGUAUUAUGAUCCGGAUGAUUGGAUGACUUGGCCAAAUAAGGACGUCUUUAUCAAGUAUUAUCAACAGCUACGCGAGAGCGAUGGUUUUGAGUUUGAUGAAUACCCUGGGUCGUGCAUGUUUGCUCCCAUCUACCCCAUGAUCGGAUUUGAACGUUUUCCUGAGUUUGUGGAUGAGAUCAAGAGUUAUGCUUCAAUGGCAAUCAAGAAGUACUUUGGCAAUGAUGGGAAAGAACGCGAUAUUAAGGAGAUUGUGAGGAUAAAUGCUGGUGGUUGUCGUGACUUUACCUACUACAUUACCUUUAAAAUUGACAAUGAUGGGAAUGAAGAAACUUUUCAAGCUAAGGUAGAAGACACGAUUGAGAACACAAUAGAGAUUCCAAUUUGCAGGCACAAGGUUUAACUUAUUGCUGAGGUUAUUUGGUCCCAGUAUCUGAAUGGAUU